AUGCCAAUCGCCGUCGCCUCAGCCCUGCGAGGACACGACGUCUUCUCGAGCAAGUCGAGAGGCAGGAGCAGAGCUGCGUCAGAAGUCGGCCCCCUACCGCCCACCGACGGCGAGAAGAAGCCUGAGAGAGCACAGUUACCCAAGGCGGCAUCGUACACGUACUUUCCGCGAGUGAAGAGCCUAGAUGGGGAUGCGCCGGCGCACGACCCGGAGGACGACCUGAAGAAGGCCAAAGACGUCGAUGUCACAUCUGACAGCUCGUCAGGUGGGUCGAGCCACUCUUCAGAGGAAGCCCCUCAGGCCCUGGAAAUGCCGCAAUUGAGGCCCACCAACACCACACGCCGCUCGUCGAGAUUCCUGCCAUUCUCCAGCAAGAGCCGAGAGCCGUCCGUCGAACCCAAACCCGAGCGCAAUCGCAAAGAAGCCGUAAAAGAAACAGAAUCGCCCAACGGCUCACCAUCGAGGUCCUUGACUAAGUUGAGGAGGAAGUCGUGGGUAGUUUCGUCGCAGCAGCAGCAGCAGCCGCCGCCGCCGCCUGCAACAGCAACCUCGCCCACAAAGGAGAGCAGAAAGGAGAAGAGGGCAGCUCAGAAGGAAGAAGACGCAAAAAAGAAGGCAGCGACUGCCGAAGCGCCGAAACGAAAGACCCCGGCGAGCACCGACACCAUUCCUGAGGAGGCUGAAGCGAAGAAUCAAGCAAGGGACGAGGCAGCAGACACUGUGGAGCAGCGACCCGCACCCAUACCCCUCAGCAAGAAGAACAAGCGCCUCAGCGCACUUCUGACAGCUAACGGGCCUGCCGUCCCCUCCGUGCCGAAAUCCUUCUCGACUGAACAGCUUCCCCUAUACCCGCAUUCGCAAAGCCCCCUCAGCCCCACCAACGUCGUUCCCCCGCUUCCACGCAAUCUCUCCACGGACAAGCUAGGCAAUCGUGUCAAGACGGAACCGCGCAAGAAAGAUGAGCUCUGGACCGUUUUUAGAACCUUAGAGGGCGAGCUGCGCAAGUAUGUUGAUCACUGUCCAGGGGUUCCCCAAGCUUACGAGUGA